AUGACCGAGAACGAACAUCCCAUGGUCUCGCACGGCCGCGGAGGCCAGGGAAACAUCGGCCACGAUACCACCGAAUACGUCGACGGCGAAAUCGUCCGCGAAGGCGUCUACGGUGAUCAAGGUGAUGGCGCUUACUCUGCCGGUCGCGGCGGUGUCGGAAACAUCGGAUCCCCACGCGUGCGCCCAACCUCCAAAGUCCCGCAUGACUCGGAGAUGAUUCCCGAACUCGCGGUGCGGAACUCUAGUGAUGAAAAUUAUCAUGUUGGGCGCGGCGGACAGGGAAAUGUUCAUCUUGAUGAGGCGGCGCAGAAGGAGAAGGAGGAUAGAAGGAAGCAUGUGGCGCAUGAGGGGUUGGCUGAUAAGUUGAAGCAUAAGAUUCUGGGACACAAGUAG